AUGGUGUGGCUGACCGCCGGGGCCGCGCUGGCACGGGGGCCGGGCGGCGGCAGAGCUCGCUUCACCUUGGUCUCUCCGGCAGGUGUCCGGGAGCGAUGGGCUCUGCCCGCCGCGGGGGGUUCCCUCCGGCUCUGCAGCACGCGGGUGAGGCUGGAGGGCAUCAACAGGUCCGUCGUGGACCGUAUCAUCCGGGUGGACCACGCUGGGGAGUACGGGGCGAACCGCAUUUACGCGGGGCAGAUGGCGGUGUUGGGCAGGUCGAGCGUGGGACCGGUUAUCCAGCAAAUGUGGAAUCAAGAAAAAGACCAUCUGAAGAAGUUCAAUGAGCUCAUGGUUACAUACAGAGUCCGACCUACUGCUUUGCUGCCCCUUUGGAAUGUAGCAGGAUUUGUUCUAGGGGCUGGAAGUGCUUUACUUGGCAAGAAAGGUGCAAUGGCCUGCACAGUGGCAGUGGAAGAGAGUAUUUCCAAUCACUACAACAGCCAGAUCCGAACUCUUAUGACAGAAGAUCCAGAAAAGUAUAAAGAAUUAUUGCAGACGAUAAAGCAGUUCCGGGACGAUGAGCUGGAGCACCAUGACAUUGGGCUUGAGCACGACGCAGAAGCAGCACCAGCUUACUCAGUUCUGAAGACAGCCAUACAACUGGGAUGCAAAGCUGCAAUAUUUCUAUCAGAAAGAAUUUAGUGAUAUUUUCUGUAAUGUUUGUGGCAAUACACUGUGA